UCUUGUGCGUAAUGACUUGACACAAAUGCUGUCUUUUCUUCCUUCAAGCGAAGAAGAGUGUAAACAUAUUCACAUGUCGAGGGCCAAGGUACUGUCAGUGUUCCGGUCUUUACACCGAGCCAGGAAGAAGGUGUUCCAGGGCGAUGGAGUCGCUCUUGCAGUUGGAAGAUCAAAGAUUAAUGAUGAGUUCCGGAAACACACACAGGAGACAGAUGCAAACAAAAUCAAGGAGUUGAUCACUGUAGCAGAGGACUCGGAGAAACUACUGAAGAAGACGGUUGUGCAGGGAAAGGCUCGGGAGGACGGAACAUACGAGAUCAGAAUCACAGAGGACACGGUUCUAGAGAAGAAUACCUUGUUUGACGAUCAUGCAAAACUCCCAGUGAAAGGGCGGAAGAAGAAGUGCUCUGAUUCCCCUGACACAUGAGGAUGUUAAUUAUGGUCCUAGUCAGUCUGCAGUCUACUCCCAUGUGUGACGAUGAAAGAAAGACUUUGCUUGCAAACAUUUUAAAAAUCAGUUCUGUUGUCAAGACUUUCCGACUUACUGGCAUGCAGCCAGGUUGAUGACUAUUACUGUUUGAGUAGAGUUGGUACAAGAAUAACACAGACAUGCUGAUCUUCCUCUGUUGGGAAAAAAGCUGACGUUGUUGAAAAUCUGUUGAUAUUGAAUCCGUGGUAUUGAAGAUGUUUGGUGUUGCUCUGACUGUAUGAGACACAAACAAGGUAUGGGAUACCUCAGUUACUGUUCCUGAAGUAAAUGUAAAACACAUAAAUAUGUACAUGAGAAGGAAAUAUCAGCUAGCACAGUUUCAUUUUCUUUGUAUUAUUUGCACAAAGUAUGUUUUUUCUGUGAAUGUCAAAGUUGUGAAAAUAAAAACAAUAAACAUUCAUUUCAUGGCA